AUGUCAAAACAAGACUUAAAUGGCGACCUUCCGACGGUCAACCUCAAAGUCGCCACGAAUGGAUCCGGACACGAGCACGAAAAUGCCUUCUCUAAAGUCUCCCGGCCGAUAGUGGUAUCUCCUGCCAUCAGUCAAAAUCUGGGCAGCCCGACUGCCCUUGCCAUUGGCGCCUUCGCGACCACGCUGACAACAUUAUCCUGUUCACUCAUGGAAUGGCGCGGCGUCACGACGACGAACGUCUACAUCGGGAAUUUCUUUUUCAUCGCCGGCAUCGGCAUGGUGAUAUCCGCGCAAUGGGAGAUUGUGAGAGGGAACUCAUUCGGCUACACAGUCCUGAGUGCUUUUGGUCUUUUCUACGCGGGCUUCGGCGCCAUCAUCACGCCCUCAUUUGGCGUCACUGAAUCCUAUGGGAGCGACACAAUCGAGUACAACAAUGCGCUUGGAUUCUUCAUGAUGUUGUGGACGGUAUUCAAUACGUUUUUCCUAAUUGGAUCAUUGCCAAUUAAUCUCGUCUACAUUGGCAUUUUCGCCACCGUCGAACUCGCAUUUGGCCUCGUUGCCGCUGGCUAUUUCGCCGCUGCGGACGGGAAACAAGACACUUCAAUAGCCCUGAAAAAGGCUGGCGGUGCAUUUGCCUUCGUAUCCGGGUUGCUUGGCUACUAUACGCUGGGACACCUGAUGUGUCAGGAGGCACUGUUUUUCUCAUUCCCAAUGGGCUCGACGGAGCGAUUUUUCAAGAAGAGGCCGUUGAAUGAGGAGAACUGA